UCUGCCGCCCUCCGCGGGCCCGCGCCGCCGGCUCCCAGCUCUGCCCCCCGCAGCUCCCUGUCCAGGCCCCCAGCCAUGGCCAUGGCGGUAGCCCAGAAGUUCAGCCACCUCCUGUCCAGCCUGUGGCACAUCGGCCAGGAGCCUCUUCAGCCGGAGCCGGUCUUCACGGUGGACCGAGCGGAGGUGCCGCCCCUCUUCUGGAAGCCCUACAUCUACGCUGGCUACCGGCCCCUGCACCAGACCUGGCGCUUUUACUUCCGCACGCUGUUCCAGCAGCACAAUGAGGCCGUGAACGUGUGGACCCACCUGCUGGCAGCCCUGGCGCUGCUCCUGCGGCUGGCCAUCUUUGUGGGGACCGUGGACUUGCUGGGAGACCCGCAUGCCCUGCCGCUCUUCAUCAUCGUCCUGGCCUCCUUCACCUACCUGUCCUUCAGCGCCCUGGCCCACCUCCUGCAGGCCAAGUCCGAGUUCUGGCAUUACAGCUUCUUCUUCUUGGACUACGUGGGUGUGGCCGUGUACCAGUUUGGCAGUGCCCUGGCGCACUUCUACUACGCCAUUGAGCCCGCCUGGCAUGCCAGGGUGCAGGCCAUCUUCCUGCCUGUGGCUGCCUUUCUGGCCUGGCUCUCCUGCACCGGCUCCUGCUACAACAAGUACAUCCAGAAGCCAGGCCUGCUGGGCCGCACUUGCCAGGAGGUGCCCUCGGCCCUGGCCUAUGCGUUGGACAUCAGCCCAGUGGUGCACCGUAUCUUGGUGUCCCCUCACUCUGACAUAGACGACCCAGCUCUUCUCUACCACAAGUGCCAGGUGGUGUUUUUUCUGCUGGCUGCCGCUUUCUUUUCUACCUUCGUGCCUGAGCGCUGGUUCCCAGGCAGCUGCCAUGUCUUUGGGCAGGGCCACCAGGUUUUCCAUGUCUUCUUGGUGUUGUGCACCCUGGCUCAGCUGGAGGCAGUGACGCUGGACUACGAGGCCCGUCGACCCAUCUAUGAGCCUCUACACACACGCUGUCCCCACAACUUCUCCGCCCUCUUCUUGCUCACUGUGGGCAGCAGUGUCCUCACUGCGUUUCUUCUCAGCCAGCUGGUACGGCGAAAACUCAACGAGAAGACCAAGUGAAGGGAGGGGCAGCCGGUAGGGAGGGGUAUGGUGGGGGACAGGGGUUCGGGCUUGGCCCCAGAUAGGAACAAGGCCUGGUAAAGUUGUUUGUGUCUGGCCUGCGGUGACUCCCUGCACAUACCCCAACUGUCAAGGAUGGCACUAGCCAACCUUUAGACUUAGGGAUUGGCCAGUUGCUGCUGGGUCAACUCUGGAUCUGCCUAGCUCCCCGCUUGGGACAGGGAAAAAGAUGAAGGCGUGGGCCACCCUGGCUUUCUCUCCACUGCCUCCCACUAGGGGUGAAGGUGGGACUCUGCUGGGGUUAAGACCCUGGAUUGGGGCUUGUGGAUUGUCUGGGUGGAUGGUAAAACUUAGACCAGAGUUACAUUUGAGUUGAGAGGCAGGGGAGGCUUCAGUAACCCACCUCUACCCACUUUUUAUCAGUAGAGAGGAAAGGGACGGGCUCAAAUAUGUGCAGGACCUUACUGUCCCUUGAGCCCCAGCCUGGAUCAGAGCUCCAGGGAGCCCCAAAAGGUAGAAGACUGUGCCAGGCUCAAGGAGAUCCCAAUCAGUGCCACAUAUCCAAGUCACUGCCCCAGACAGUGAGCCCCAAGCCUCCUAGCUCUGGCCUGUGUCCCACACAGCAGUUCCCAGAUCUCUUAUUCAUGAUUCAGUAAUCUAUCCAGUGCGUCCUUGGCCUCUUCUCGGAGGCAGGCCACCCACCAGGCCCUGUGGUCAAUGCAGGAUCACAGAGGAUUUAAUACCAGAAUGAACUGUCAAGGAAGAAGGGAGGAGAGAAUAAGUGUUCCCCAGGGUACCCAGGGUCUUGGCUGGGAAGAGUGAAUAGGAGUUUGCAGACAGAAUAGGGCAUUCCAGGCAGAGGGGGAAACCUGAGCAAAGGUCCAGAUCCACAGGAGGAGCUCAGUGGGUCUGGAGCCAGGGCUGCUUUGGACUUUUGCUAUGUCCUGGAUAUAAAUAAAGUGACUGUGAUAACA